AUGCAGCUUUAUCAUCAAUACAAAACAACAUUUCAUUUAGAAACGAAAUCUCUUUCUAUUUCUAAUCUAUUUCAAUUUACAACAAUCAUUGAUCAUGCUAAAUUUAUUCAACAGGCUAUUAAUACUGAACAACAUUUCGAAGAUUGUUGGUCUUCAUUACAUCUCACUCAAGCUCGAGCAUCAUUUGCUCAAGAACGAAUAUUUCUUGAUGAACAAGUUCGUUUUUCGUUCAAAGAAAGCAAUACCACAUAUCUCGUGCCCAUCAUUUAUCGUCUCUCAUCCAUCAGUAAAACAGUAUCAAUUGUUCGACUGCAUCGAGCACUUCAGGAAGUUGUCAAAAAACAUAGCAUCCUACGAACAGCACUUUAUCUUGAUACGAAUGGUGCUCUUGUACAACACUGUCUCGAUAUCAAUGAUACUCAUGAAUACCUUGGUUUUACAGUGAUAAAUCAUUAUGGUAAUGAUGAAUUCCAAAAACAAAUUCCAAUAAUAAUGAAUGAGCCUAAAUUGAUCGACUUGGCGAAAGGUCGCGUUAUACAUUGUCACAUCCUCCGGUAUGAUCGUAAUGCUCAGUUAUCGUCUCAAAAUGAUGAUUUAUUAUGUGUUGGUGAUUUAAUAUUAUUGAAUUUGCAUCAUGCAUCAUUCGAUGCUUGGUCAGUAUCAAUCUUUUUUCACGAUCUAACUCUUGCAUAUGAAAGUGAUAGUUCGUUAUCUACUGAUGACAAUGUAUUGCGAUAUAUUGAUUAUUCUGUGCAUGAACGUCAAAUGGAUAUGACACAAUCGCGCGAGUUUUGGCAUUCGCAACUUAAAGAAUACGAUAUAAAACAUCUAUUGUCAUUGCCAGUCGAUCGAUAUCGUUUGCAUACUGAACGACGAUCGGCAGCUCCCUUUAUAGACGAGCUUAAUUUUAACAAUGAUACGUCUACAUCAUUUCUAAAUUAUGCUUCAUCACAUAGCAUUACACCCUAUCAGCUAGCACUGACGACUUUUUAUGUAUUUUUGUUUAAAUUAACUAACUGUCAAAGUGAUUUAUGUAUUUCUUCUUUUUAUGCCAAUCGACAUAGAACUGAAUUACAAAAUAUGAUUGGAAUGUUUGUUGCGACAUUACCUUAUCGUAUUCAACUUGAUCCUCGUUGGUCAUUCGAUGAGCUUGCCGAACAUGUGCGAGAGAAAUGUUCGUCAAUUUUCGAACAUUCGCAUUAUCCACUUCAGCAGAUCCUUGCCGACAGUAAUUUGAAUCACUCAAAUGCUCCAUUUCUCAAGACACUAUUUCACCUGCACACUGUAGUGCCAGAGGAAGUUUUGUGGACUGUAGAUGGUGCAAGUUUGGAACCGGUAUCAUCAUCAGUAUUCUUAGAUGCACAAUUUGAUUUGGAACUUGUAUUUGGGUACAAUCCAACACCGGAUGAAAAUAGAUUGUCAUGUGGUUUUUUAUGUUUACCUGAUGCAUUUGAUGAAACUACGUUUAAUGCAAUAACUCGGCGAUUCAGACUUUUUUAUUCACAAUUGUUUACAACAAAUCUGAGCAAGGAUUUAACUGAUAAGUUUCAUAUAUCUAUCAAAAAUUUGUCGGUCCUUCUACCGGAAGAAGCUGAUGAAAUACAAGGAAUAGUCUUUUGUAGACUAUUGAAUAUUGGUAGUGAAGCACAAGCAUUUCAUGCUCAAACUAGCAUUGCUCUCGGUUUAUUGCCAUUGACACCACUAGAAGAACAUUUACGAUGUAUUUUUGGUGAAGCUUUUGGUAAUGAAUCACCGAAUAUAAAUAUGUCAUUUGAACAAAUGGGUGGGACAUCAAUAAAUGUCUUAUGGGCAUGUUCUCUCAUUCGACGACAAAUUGAAAUCAAAAUUGAGCCGACUCUUCUAUUUGCUAAUCCGUCGGUUCGGCAACUGGCAUGCGCUAUUAAACCGUGGUUAAAUAUUCGGAACGAAUUAUCCAUCACAUCUAAGACGUUGGACUGA